AUGGGGAGAGUAGCCAAGGGGAUAAGAAUGGAACACCACAUGUUGAGACUAAUGAUCAAGAACAAGCACCCCAUAUUGACCAAACAGUGGACGAUGAUGAAGUUCAAACACCACCUUCUACAAUUAAUGGAGUUGAAACAUCCCCUUUUUACAGCUAGUGAUUACUUGAAUUUGGAAGAUUUCAUUGAUGGAGUUCAAUUUCAAGCACCAACUGCUGAUGGAGUUAAAUUUCGAGCACCAACUGUUAAGUUUGAUCUUAAUGGACCUGAUGUGGAUGAGUUUGAUCUUAAUGGUUCUGAUGUUGAUGUGGAUGAGGGAAAUCAAACUGAAGACAGUGGAGGGGAUUCUCAUGAAUUAUCUAAUAAUAAAAGGAAAGCAACUGGUGCAAGUGGUACAGGUCAAAGCAGUGUAAGUGUUUCUGGUAAGAAGAGACCAAGUGGGCCUGGGAAGAGCAGUGAAAGUGGUGCAGCUAAGAAGAGACCACGUGUGGCUGUGAAAAAGGGCAAAAAAGCAAAUUGA